AUGAAACGACAAUUUGUCGAAAGAAUAAAUGAAACGAGUUUUAACAUUAUUAGUGACGUUUCGGACUUUGAAAAAAGUUAUCCCCAUAAUGAACGAAAGAACCUUAUUAGGUUACCUAAAGUUUUUACUAAAUUACAAAAAUAUUUAAGCAACCAUGCAGUUUUUGCUGCAGCUGGUACAUAUAAUGGGGAUGCUACUUGUAACUAUAUAAACUACUUGUUAUAUGAUGGAAUUCGUAACGAAAAUUAUGGCUAUUGUGAUGAACAGACAUUUAAUAAUUUUAGGGAUUUUGUUUAUGACUACAAUACAAGUACACGUUCUCAUAUAUGUAUCAAUAAGCUAAAACAUCUAGAUGAACAUGAAUUUAAAAAAAUGAAUGCCUUAUAUCAGUUGUAUGAAUGGUAUAAUAAACUUACAUCUACCUAUUUAGACAAGAAUGGCCGCUGUGAUGCUUUCGGUAAUAUAAUUGCAAUUUAUAAUAAGGCCUUAGAAAACUAUGAUAGUGAAGACGGUAAGGAUGAUAAGUUAAUUGAAAAAUUAUUAGAUCUUAAGAAAUUAACUGUAGAAUCAAAUUUACCACAUUAUAGUAUAUGUAAAUAUAGGAAAUAUGAAUUCAAAGAACCAAAAAAAUAUUUAAAACGUCAGGAGGAAAUCGAAGCAAAGAGGAGACACGCAGAAGAAGAAAUAAAAAGACAAAUACAGAAACAACAACAAGAACAAGAACAAUUACAAAGACAAAAAGAAAAAGAAGAAUUAGAAAAACAAAACUUACCACAAAGGGGAAAACUUGAUACUAACGAACUAUUAAGCAACAGAGAAAACGUAUUAUCAGCAGCAUUAACACAUGAAAUUGAAACAGAACAAUCAUUUGGAACAGAAUCUCCACGAGGCGAAGGAUAUAGAGUAAUGCAGGAAUAUGCAAGACCAUCAUCAUUUUAUUCAGAACGAUUAAGAACACAAAAAGAACAACUGGAACAAACAAAAAGGGGAUAUGGUGGAUUUAAAGAUGAAACUAUGGACACAAGCACUACAUCAGGGAUCACAGCGACAAUAACAGAUACUAUUUCUGGAUUUAUAAAAGAAGUUGAUCCAGCACCUGUACUUGGUGUAUCUGGUGGGAUGGGUGUUUUAUUUAUACUUUUUAAGUAUACUCCAUUUGGAUCCUUCUUUGGAGGAAGAAGAGGACGAUUCCGUCAAAUUCCUAGAACUUUUGGAGGAUUUCCACCAGGAGAUUUCGGACAUUUUCAGGAAUAUGGUGGUGGGUAUGUUGGAUAUAGUCAAAUGGAUAUGCCUUUUCAGGGGGAAUAG